AUGUCCCGUGGAAGAGUUCCAAUGGUGGAUCUGAAAAGAGCUUAUGAUAUUGAAGAAGCAGUCUCUAAACCAUCCAUAAUCCAAGUUGAUCAUGAUGAUGAUGAUGAUCGUCAUGAUUUUUGGCCGCUAAGUGAGAUUGAUCCGAAAAAGUCGAAAUUCCCUUGCUGUAUCGUUUGGACUCCUCUCCCUGUUGUCUCUUGGCUGGCUCCUUUCAUCGGCCAUGUUGGACUCUGCAGAGAAGAUGGUGUCAUUUUGGAUUUCUCUGGAUCUAACUUCAUCACUGUCGAUGAUUUCGCUUUCGGUCCUCCUGCUCGCUAUCUCCAGCUCGAUCGCACCAAGUGUUGUUUACCACCAAACAUGGGUGGACACACUUGCAAGUAUGGAUUCAAGCACACGGAGUUUGGAUCAUCGGUCUCGUGGGACGAUGCACUACGCGCGAGCACGCGUAGCUGUGAGCAUAGAACCUACAACCUCUUCACCUGUAACUGCCAUUCGUUUGUGGCAGACUGUAUGAACCGUGUCUGCUAUGGCGGUUCGAUGGAGUGGAAGAUGGUGAAUGUUGCUUUUCUGAUUCUGACGAAAGGGAAAUGGGUUAGCUUGUCAUCUGUGGUCAGGUCGUUUCUCCCUUCUGCUGUGGUCACUUGUCUCGGUGUAUUGCUCGUUGGGUGGCCGUUCCUGAUCGGUCUCUUCUCGUUCUCGCUGCUUCUCGUGGCUUGGUUCAUAAUUGCUACUUACUGUUUUAAGAACAUCAUGUGUUGA